UGGGACCAGAAACUGCAUAUUUACAUUUUUGUCUGUAUCUAUUCUAUUGGGAAGCAUUUGAUUCUUUGUCUCUUUUCAGUUCCCUCGUCUCGCAUACAUCCUUUCUAGAGACCUGUUUCAUUGAGCCCCACGUUAUGAGUAAAAAGAUCAAAUCCCAAGCUUCAAGCAGCCGUGCAGCGGCAGCUGGCUUCACUGGAUUUGGAGGAUUUUCAACUGCAUUUUCUGGCCAGGGACGAAGCCCUUCUGCCCUUACAUAUGUGGCUGAGCCACCGGAUCUGUCCCGGAUAUUAGAGCCGCAGUUGGUGGUCGCUUUUAAAAAUUCUCUGAAGAAAGACGAAAUUACGAGAACAAAAGCACUGGAUGAUUUGAGGGAUCACGUUUCCGCCGUUGAAAGUCACAAGGGGACCCUUAAUGAUGGGUUCUUAGAGGCGUGGAUCAAAAUAUACCCAAGGGCUUCAAUUGACCUAUCUCGUAAAGUAAGGCAGUUGGCCCACUCUAUCCAGGGGUUUGUUGCCUUCCUUGCAGGCAAGAGGAUUGCCCGCCAUUUAUCCAAAGUAAUAGGAGCUUGGCUUGCAGGGCUAUAUGACAACGAUAAGCCAGUAUCUCGAUCUGCUUUAGAGUCACUUACACGAGUUUUCCCAACAGAGGAAAAAAGGAAGAACGUCUGGAGGAUUUAUCAAAGCUCUAUCCUGGAUUUUGUAGACGACGUCAUCCUUCAGCAGACCCCUCUAACUUUAAGUGAUGAAAGGACGGUCAAGCCCGACGAUGCUCAGGCGAAGUAUGCCCGUGUUGCAGGGACGGCACUGUCGCUCUUCAAUCGAAUUUUAGUCAGCUCGUCAUCUGAAGAUAUCCAAAAGGACAUUUCCGUGAUUCAGACUCUUCUCAGCAGCAAAUCAUUGUGGUCUUUAUGUUACCACGAGGAUCCUUUUGUUCGUCGGUCCGUCUACGGUCUCCUUCGAUCGGCAGCCUCAGCUCUGCCAGAGGAGCUUGAUUGGAUAAUAAUAAGCGCAGCGGUGAUUGGAAAGUCAUUAUCUACAUCGCAAAUAGGAGCUUCUUCAGAUCUUUCCGAGACCUUACUACAGUUGACCUCGUCAAGACCUCAGCUGUGGACAGAAGACUACAUUGGAAAAUCAUCUUCCUCGAAGAGGUUGCUUCAGUAUAUUCAAAAAGGAUCUCAGGGUGGUUUAAGUUCGUUCUGGUCAAGUCUCAACCGACUGCUGCAGGUUGUUCCAUUGAAGGUACUUGCACAAAUUGGACAGGCCGCCACCGCCGAAAAUGUCAGUCUGUCGAGUGUAACUCGCUUGAUGGAAGCUUUUCAAGAUGGACUGAAUUCAAGGGAUGAGCCGCGCCAUAACAGAGAAGCUGGAUGGGAAUCCUAUGUUGACACUGGAGUGUGGCUAUUGACCCUACUUUCUGAAGAUGAGAAGGAAAAAUUUGUACAGGAAAGAAUUACACCAUUACUGGGGCAAUAUGUGAGAGCUGUCUCAGAUCAGUCUGAAUGGACAGUGCCACCUCAGUUUGCGGAACCUGUCUGUGUGCAUUGCUUUGUUAAGUUAGCUACGCAUGGUCAUGAAAACAAGCUGCAAUCGUUUUGGACAGAGCUAUCGGAGAAGUUGCUUGAAACAGUUAAACUAUCUUCACCUGAACAAUCUAAAGAUUUCAGGACGUCGCAAGAGUCGAUCUGUGCACAAGCCAGACGUUUUUUCGCCUUGGAGACUGCAGUACUUGACCGACUCUCAGGCCAUGAGUGUGAAGCUCAAGUAGUGGAAAUUUUUGAGAAAACAGGUCUGCUACUCCUCGAGAAUUGCCUCCAGGUUCUGCAUGCUCGGAAUGGAAAGCCAUACGGGGCGGCUGCAGUGGUUGAAGAGGUGGUUCGUACCGUUCCGGAGGUUGCUCGGCAUUCGCAGGAGCUUCUCAACUUUCUGCGAGAGGACGCACCUGACCUUAUUCUCUCGGCGUCUGGAGACCGUCUUGUUGCAAUCGCGUUGUCACUUCGUGAUUGUGACGGUUUUGGACCGAGCUUCAAGGAGAUGGUUGAACGGGUAUUGCAGCUAGAGCCGGAGCAGUCGAAUAUACAUGUUCUGCAAAUGUUCAUCUCUUUGAUUGACUUCGCGGAAGUUCCAGACAAGACUGGAAUUAACUCCUUGGUAAUGCGGGCAUUGGAAAAGCCUUGCUGGCCCAUCGUUACCGCCGUCCUCCAGAAUCGGACUGUGUCUGGUGACUUUGUGGAAUUUAUUUUCUUGUCAAUUGUUGAAUCAUUAUCUAACAAUGAUAUUGUCAGCACCUUGCACGGGCUUUCUCAAAUCUCAUCUUCCGUCCCGUCUGCAGUGCGGGAAUUUCAGGCUGGGCCACAUGGCCCAAAGCUUACCGGGAAACUGCUUUAUCUAACAGAGUCAACCUCUGAAGAGAUAGCAGGCUUUGCAGAGAAGUUGCUGAAGAACUUGAAAGAGGCAGCCGUUGGUGAUACCGGUGCAAAGUCAAGUUUGGAAAUCCUACGGCAUAAUUUUGAUCACGUCUCUGAUGAGUCACUUUCAGUUGAAUCUUUACUCAAUGUCGCAGAGGAUCUUUUGCAGAGCUCCAAGCCUGAGGAAAGGGGAGCGAUAGCGAAUGCUAUUUUGCCCUCUCGUUCGUCCUGGGAGAGUGCUUUGAAUUUUUUCCUAAGACUCCCACCUGCAGCGUCGACCGCCAUAACGAGCCCUCUGGCAGGCAUUGUGCAUCUAGUGGACCGAGAUGUCGCAGACAGCUUGCAGAAGGAAUGGGAAAAUGUCCCGCGAGACAUAAGUCAUUUGUCAUCUGCAUUUCGACUAGCUUUCUUCACAACAAAAAUUCUCUCAUCGUCAUUAUUCAAAGUUAGUGAACUAGGCACGGAUGAACUUGAAACGUUAUUCUACAACCUGCCUUUGGUCAUACAGUUGAUCGAGGAUGACUUGAGUAUGGAGAAUUGCAAUGGCAUAACUGGACUGGUAGUGCCAGAGCAACGAGAUGAAUACCUGGAAAUUGUCACGGAAGGCAGGAAGGUCAUAAACCAUUGGAUCUCCUCGAAAAGCCCGGUUGACGUCCGAAGUGGAGCACCUGUCUCUUCUAUGAUGUGCUCUUUUUGGGAAGACAAAUUAGAGAAACUAGAAGGCAUUUCUCCAAUAGACUACCGAGUCGGAGAGGCUUUCGUAAAGAUCAUGGCGGAAGCCGCUUCGCCGAAUGGAACAAAAUCCUCUGAUGAUCUUAUAAAAAUUUGCAGGGAGGCUCGAAGAGCCAAUACUAUCCGUUCAGCUUCCUGGUUUGCUGUCUGGAGACAUUCAAUAAUUUCCAGUCCGGCUGGGAUACGGCUUUACAAUGAACUCGUGGCAGACUCGACCGGGCUUGAACCAGAAGAUCUACGGAAAGAUGGUCUCAAAAAGCUGGUGUUGCUCAACAUUUUACUUUCAGAAGAUGAAAGUGUCGUGGCGUCUAUUCCAACACAACGACUGGUCUUUCUUGUAAAGCCUCUUAUAAAAUGUCUUCAGUCGGAUAUUGCAUCAGUCGGUCUUCAAGCCGAAAUCAUCAAGACUUUGAUUCUUGUUUUCCCUUGUCUCCAGGAUAUUUAUGGUUCGCAUUGGGAAGAGACAAUGGAGAUCCUCAGCACAUUCUGGAGGAAAGCAAACAGCAGUGACGAAGCUCUACCGUUACUGGCAUCAUCCUUCAGGCUUUUUGCACGUUUGAGGUCAGUAGCAGAUGGUGACAGCAAUGAUGAUCUAAAGGAUGCCUGGUCGGCACAAAAGGCUAGACUGUUCAAGGAUUUGGCAUCCACAUUAAGCAAAUUUGACACUUCAAUCGCUUUCUAUCAACCACGAGACAUAACUGUCGAGCUUUUAUGUCGUCUAAUAGGCACCGCACCGGUUCGGGACCUGGAGAACGUGGGUGAGCUGUUCCCUCUUCUCACCGCGGAUAGUCGGGUAGUUCAACGUGCAGCCUACGGAAUUCUCCAUCGAUAUGUCCCAAGCGUCCAGGAGCAAGUGUCUUUUGACGUUGCGCUGUCGAAGAAUGCAGUCCAUCUACCCGACGAGCUGAUGUCGCUGUUGCUUGAAGCCCCAACAGUCGACUCGGUAUUUACUGCAGAUAAUAAGGAGAAGAUAUGGACGAGAAUAAGGUCUUAUCUUUUGAGCUGGAAGAUUGUGUUUGACCACUUUUCCAACGCGUCUGUCCCUGUGCAAGAAUUCUAUGUGACAGAUAUCAAGGAGUACAAAAUCCUCGAGCCGCUUCUAGAAUUCAUAUUUGAUUUUCUUUUAAAGUCGCAUGAUGGAAAACUAAUCGACGCGUCCAAGUUUGAUGUCCGGUCCUUUGAACCGGAUCAAUCGGCUACAGUUGAGAAAGAGACGCAGUGGCUCCUCGUAAAUUUGUACUAUUUGUCUUUAAGACAUCUGGCCAACCCGACAAAGAGCUGGUGGAUUGACACGAAGAAGCGUAUCAAGGGACCUGUUGAGAGUUGGACUGAAAAAUUCAUCUCACCUUUGGUUAUUGAUGACUCUCUACAGAGUGUCUCUGAGUGGAUAUCAACGCAGGAUUCCAGCGAAGAGCGAGCACUGACGUUGAAGAUUUCUCCAAAGUCGGCAGAGAUCACUGCCAGCAUCCCAGUGGACGAAGAGUCGCCCCCCGUCGCAAUCGGAAUCGUUCUGCCCCCUGCGUACCCGCUCCACCCUGCCCUGGUUGUAAGUCGUAGCCGUGUCUUGGUUGACGAGAGAAAAUGGAAGGGCUGGCUGGUCACUAUUCAGGGCGUGAUCAUGUUUGCCAAUGGCAGUCUGGUGGAUGGAUUGCUUGCAUUCCGGAAGAACGUACAGGGUGCGCUGAAGGGACAGAGUGAGUGUGCCAUCUGCUACUCGGUCAUCUCCACAGAUAUGCAAACGCCGAACAAGAGGUGCGCGACAUGCAAGAACACGUUCCACUCUGUCUGUCUGUACCGGUGGUUCAAGAGCAGUAACCAGAGCACAUGUCCUCUGUGCCGGAACAACUUUGUCUAUGUGUAGGCGCGAUCGCGGUAUUUAUGAUGGGAUGGAGGCGUUUAAUACUUAGGUAGAUGAUGAAAAAGAAAAUUUAUG